AUGUCUCAAGCCCUACGCAGUGCCAAAGAACGGGCAUUCCAAAUCGUGGAAAAGGCUUCUAGAAUACGAGUUCAAGAUGCCAGAGACAAUAUCGGAGCAAGAACAACUGGAAGACAACUCAAAAAAGGACAUAAUCAAAUGGGACACACGCAAGGAGCUCUAGAAAGAGCAGCGAAACCGCCACUCGGAUGGAUUUGGGGUGAUUUCUUUCGACCAUGGCAAAGAAUGUAUCCGGGAGAGAAGCUUUUCAACGCGGAUAUUAACUCCCGCCGUGAGUAUAUUCCUCUCUCAUUGAUUGAACUCGCUCGUCUCAUUGAUCUAGGAUGGAUCAACCCAAGUCGACCAAUCGAUGUUUCGGCUCUAUGUGCUACUCAGAAGUUUCAAAUCAAUCCAAAAAUCCGACAAUACGGAUUUGAUUUGACCGAAGAAGGAGCUGACUCAUUUCCAUACCCAAUUGAUAUCGAAGUUCAAUAUGCAACACAAUCAGCUAUCGCAGCUGUUGAAAAGGCAGGCGGAAGAGUUCGUACCGCCUAUUAUGAUGUGGAGAGUCUAGAAGCAGCGGUCAAUCCCAAAGCGUGGUUCGAGAAAGGAAAAGUUAUUCCAAAACGGAAAGCACCUCCGGCAAGUCUCAUUGAAUAUUAUAUGGACGCAAAGAACCGUGGAUAUCUGAGUGAAGAAACAGAAAUGGAGAAAGAGAGACAAUUGAGUGCAGAUGUCAGAGGAUAUGUGUUGCCAGAUGUGAAAGUUUCAUCAGCACUCAAAUCAAUUGAUCAAGUUUUCCAUGGAAUACCUUCGGGAAGUGUAGUUUCGCUGGCUGAUAAGAAAGUGUUCGCUCCAAAAAAUGAAUUGCACAGAGAAUAUUAUAAUCGUCAGGUUUCGGAUAAACUAUAUUCUUAA